AUGAGCAAUAAGGACACGUGUGGACGCUCUGGCCCCUCGGCCCGGGGAUGCCCUAGAGGAGGAGCUCGAGGGCGAGGAGCUCAAGGGCGUGGCAGAGGUUCUCCGUGCUGCUCUACCACCUCAUCUGACAUCUGUUACCGCUGCGGUGAGUCUGGUCAUUAUGCUAAGAACUGUCACCUUGACGACACCUGCUACAACUGCGGGAGAACUGGCCACAUCGCCAAAGACUGUAAAGAGCCUAAACGAGAGAGAGGGCAGUGCUGUUACACCUGCGGCAGACCGGGUCAUCUGGCUCGUGAUUGUCAUCCUCAGGAAGACCAGAAAUGCUUCUCCUGUGGAGAAUUCGGGCACUUCCAGAAAGACUGCACUCAAAUCAAGUGCUAUCGAUGUGGUGAGACUGGACACAUGGCCAUCAGCUGCAGCAAAGCGACCGAAAUCAACUGCUACCGCUGCGGCGAAUCCGGACAUCUAGCGCGAGAAUGCCCCAUUUAG